AGGGAGAGUGACUUCUGCUGCUGCGGCUGUCGUCAACAUGCUCAAAGCUAUUACCAAGUCAAACCUCAGGACGCUGUCAGGCCUGAUCCAGAGGUUUCAGAGCACCCUGGUAGUUGCAGAGCACAACAAUGACACCCUGACGCCUAUCACUCUCAGUGCUAUCACAGCAGCCAGCAAACUUGGUGGGGAGGUGUCCUGUCUCAUUGCUGGAACAGACUGUGCUAAGGUGGCAGAGCAACUUUCACAGGUUGAAGGAGUGAAAAAGGUUCUGGUUGCCCAGCAUGAUGUCUACAAAGGGAUGUUACCAGAGGAGUUGACGCCUCUCAUCUUGGCAAGCCAGAAACAGUUCAAUUUUACACACAUCUGUGCCGGAGCAUCUGCGUUUGGAAAGAAUCUUCUUCCCAGAGUGGCUUCCAAGCUGGAUGUUGCUCCAAUCUCCGACAUCAUUGAGAUCAAAUCCCCUGACACUUUUGUGAGGACAAUUUAUGCAGGAAAUGCUCUUAGCACUGUCAAGUGCAAUGAAAAAGUCAAGGUCUUCACAGUAAGAGGGACUUCUUUCGAACCUGCUAAACAGGGCGGAAGUGCGACAUCAGAACAAGUGUCUUCUGCUACUCCCGUUGGGAUAUCUGAGUGGCUGGAGCAGAACCUGACCAAGAAUGACAGGCCGGAGCUCACUAGUGCCAAGAUUGUUGUGUCUGGAGGCAGAGGUCUGAAGAGUGCUGAAAACUUCAAGCUGCUUUAUGACCUGGCUGACAAGUUAAAUGCUGCUGUUGGUGCCUCCAGAGCUGCAGUAGAUGCUGGAUAUGUCCCCAAUGACAUGCAGGUUGGACAGACAGGAAAGAUUGUAGCUCCUGAGCUGUACAUUGCGGUUGGAAUUUCUGGAGCUAUUCAGCAUCUUGCUGGAAUGAAGGACAGUAAGACUAUCGUUGCCAUCAACAAGGAUCCUGAGGCCCCCAUCUUCCAGGUUGCCGAUUUCGGCUUGGUUGCUGACUUAUUCAAGGCUGUCCCUGAGAUGAUCGACAUGCUGAAGAAGUGAAAUUCAUUACUCGGCUUCUAGCUGGGACAUACUCCUGAGCCUUGUGUGUAACUGAGCCGGACACUUGCCUUAUGAAUGAGCUAGGAAAUGUCACUCCUCCUGCAUUCUUCCCUCCUGAUGCACACCUCAGACCUUUCUUUAUUUAUGUAACGUUUUCAGGAGUCUACAUUUCAUGCUACUGUAUCUAAUAACAUCAUAAUGUGGUCAGUAUAUUAAUGAUGUCCGAUCUAAUUUGCCAAUAGCAUUAUGUUUUGGCCUUUGGCUCAGUGUGUAACAUCUAUACACACACACUUGCCAUCUAUGUCAAGUAAUAAAUAUCAACUCUCA